AUGAAAACUUCAAAUCCUGAUGAUGGCCCCAGAGUUUAUGGUAUAUUUCCAGGAAGACUUGAACAGUUUAUUCCUAAUGUUCGAGCAUUGACUAGUCGGGAAGUCCAGUAUCCUCGUUUAUCAAAACAAAUAGCUGAGCAUGUAGCUGCAUUUCAUAAGCUAAAACUUCCUCUUUCAAAGGAAGGAACUUGGUUUUUGGAUUCACUUCAAAUGCACGUGGUUGAAAACAGCCAAUCACCAGUUUUCUUCUGCCAUAAUGACGUACAACCAGGAAACUUGUUGGUGAAAGCAAAUGAAGAUCUCGAUGAGGCAAAAAUUCGUGUGAUUGAUUUUGAAUAUUCUUGUUAUAACUACAGAGGAUACGAUAUUGGUAACCACUUCAGUGAAUGGAUAUUUGAUUACAAUCAUCCACAUUAUCCCUUUUUUACCGGAGACGUCACCAAAUAUCCCUCUUAUGAUCAAAAGAUUGUCUCUUCUUUCUCAUUUCUUUUGGGCGAUGUUUUCAAUUCUUCAGAGUUAUAA